AUGACAAGAACCAGACGUACUCGUAAGACGAGGGUCGCUCCUUCAGCACGUCAUAAAGGACGAAAAAAGACAAGAACUCCAAGACGGAAAAUCAUUACGGAGGUUCCAGCGCACGCAGUCUGUCGUGGAACACGUGCGCAAUCUCGUGAACAUGUUCGCGCAUGCCUUCUUGAGAUGGAACGCGUCGAGCUAGAAGAGAUGGAACGCGUCGAGCCAGAGGAGAUUGAAAGCGUCAAGCUAGAAGAGAUUGAAGAGGAAUCGGAGCGGCUUUGGUUCGCCCUUCUCGAGAAGCAUGUAGAGCUUCUAGAGAUGGGCAAGAUCAACGCCAAUAAUCCAACGGCGGCAAGCAACAAUAUCCACGAUGAUGAAGACCUUUCCAUGAGCUGGGAGGACGAGACCGAUCUGGCUGGAGAGAUCUUGGCCGUUCAGGAUCGUAUGGCCCACUUAAAGAACUGCCUGGGUCAGUUAUCGGUCAUGCACCGCAACUCCAUUGGUCGGUUAUGCCUUGCGGAAACCUUAGUGAUAGAAGAAAAACGUGUAAUAACCGUCGAGGAACAUAAAAUAGCUGAGAUGAAGAGGGAAUUGGCAGAGAAAGAGGCCGAACUAAAGGAGUUGAAGAAGAUUGGCUGGAUGACCACGACAGAAACAAGAGGGUGA